UUAUCAAUAAGCGAAUGAUAAGUUAUUAAUCAAUUCAGUAAUAAGUUGUUAGUUGAGCUGACUCGCUAGUAUUUAAAAAUAACUAACCACCUUAUGUCUCUUUUAUUUUCAUAAGAUUUAAGUAUUUUGUAGGUUUUUGUUUAUAAGUCUAGUGUCUAGCUACUAGAAGACAAGUAAAAAUGAGCAUCAAAGGAUGAACAUCUAGCUUAGAGAACGAUACUAAUUUAAGCAUCGAGUUCACCCAUGUUGUGAUCAAAGGAUGAACAUCUAGCUUAGAGGAGGAUACUUUAAGCAUCGCCCAUCUCACAUCGAAUUGGGAGAAGAUCGAGCAUAGAGAAAGGUUACCGAAUACACGUAUUAUUUAUUGGGAUUGGGAUUGGGAUUGAGUUUCAAUUGUUAUUCGGUAUUAGGGAUUACGGGAUUGGGAUCGGGAUAUACCGAAAUACCGAUUAAUACCGAAAUAUAAGCUAGUUUGUAUUUUAUCCUCUCAACUAGACUCUAUUAUUUACUACUACAUGACCCUCAACCACCAAGAGUGUCAUUUAAUUAUAAACAUAUCAUUCCAUCACUAUUAAUAGUCGUCUCUCAACCUCCAAUUCAUCAAAUUAAAGAUUAUCAAUAACAAGAACUUGAGAUGUCUCCUCUCCUCCACUCUCCUUAAUAAUAUCCUAAUUCAAAACUCUUUUUUUUUUGUCCAAGGCAAGCCCAGAGGGCAUGGGAUAAAGACUCGACACGAUUACAAGACUGACUCAAACAAUGUACGAUAGUCUGUAUGCAACCAGACUACGACGAAAGAGCAUGUAAAGCCACUACUUGGGCAGCUCUGAAGAAGCUCUGAGGAGCAAAGACACGACACUGACGGAAAAAACAGAAACAAAAAUCCAACAACACCAAGAUAGUCCCGCCAGCGAGUGUAGUUUCCUUCGACAGAGUAUACCGGAUGUCCAUAGAGUUGCCAUAAAAAGCCAUAACAAAGAAAAGAAAGCGACAUUAGCAAUCUUCCAGAGAGCAUUCUUAAUUACUCUCAGAAAUUUGUAAAGGCGAAUAAAAUCGAACUAUCACCUGAUAGGUCAAUGAAACUUAUGUCACUUCCUUCAAUCACUUUCAUACCAUACGCGCACCUGCAAUGAUCAACCAGAAAUGCACGGUUAUGGUGCUAGAAAUCUCUGUCACAAGAGAUUCAAAACUCUUUGCUUAGUCUUCUUCCCGUAAAUUAAACAAUAAAAUCUAAUUUAUAUAUUUAAUUAUUAAUUACAAAGGUAAUUAAUUGUGUAUUCGAUAAUACCGAUUGGGAUACCAAAGUACCGAUUGGGAUACCGAAAUAUUUAGGGAUUGGGAUACCGAAAUUAUUUAGGAAUUGAGAUUGACUUUAGGGUGUAAUUUGGUAUUCGGGAUUUUGGUAUUGGAAUACCGAUACCGUACCGGUUUCCACCGCUAGCCCCACCUACUCUGUACGAGUAUUCAAGACCAAUAAUUUCCAAAAUCAAAAGUCUAACCGUUUUAAGAAAAAUAUAAACUGUAGCAUUCAUGAUCUGGCCGCUAGCUCGCAAUUUGAUGAGAUUCUUUUAUUCAUCACACGAAAUCAAAAGUCUAACCCUUUUAAGAAAAUGUAACUGUUGCAUUCACGAUUUUGAAAAAAAAAAAAAAAAGUGGUUAACAAGUAAUUAUCACUACUUGAAAUUAACUCAGUCUGCUACAUAUAUAGCAUAAAUAUCCCUUAUGAACUGCACCACGCAAAAGAAGAAGUGAAGAGCGAUAAAAACACUCGCUCGUGACGAUACACAAUAAAUAUGAGUAUUGAGGAGAUGAACGAACUUGCACCAAAAAAGGAGGUCAUGUUUUGGAAUGCUCACGAGAUUCGCCAGAUUGAAGGGUUCUGGUUCUAUGCUUACCUCAUGGAAUCCGUAGCAGCCUUCAGAUCGGACUUCCAGCCGAAAAGCGACGACAUUCUCGUCACGUCCUUCCCCAAAACGGGGACGACAUGGCUCGUGGCUCUCUGUCACAACAUCCUUCAUCGCGAUGAUAGAGUCGAAGACGACGUUCUGACGAGGAUGAACCCGCACGAGCUCGUUCCGACGCUCGACGUGUUCUUCCUCACGGACCAAGUCCAAGAUCUCGUGCUCAAUUCGGACCGAUCCAACCGAUUGCUCCAGACUCACUUGCCUUAUACUUGCCUUCCGGAGGCCGUGAGGAACUCUGGGUGCAAGAUUGUCCACGUGACCCGGAACCCGAAGGACACUCUGGUGUCCAUGUGGCAUUUCUUCAACAAAAUUGUCAAACGGGACCCGGAUACCGACCCUUUCCCGUUGGAGGGGGCGGUGGAGAGCUUCUGCAGUGGGGUUCUUCCCUGGGGGCCUUUUCACGAACACGUGGUGGGUUAUUGGGAGGAGAGCAGGAAGCGGCCGGACGAGGUGUUGUUUCUCACGUACGAGGACCUGUGCAGAGACCCCAAAAGGGAAGUGAGGAAGCUGGCUUCAUUUCUGGGGAAGCCAUUUUCCUCGGUAUCGAUGGAUGGAGGUGAUGAUGAGGAGGUGGAAAAGGUGUUGUGGCGUAGCAGCUUGGGCAGGCUCAGGGAGUUAGAGGUGAACAAGAAUGUUGUUUCGGACCUGACCCAGAUAUCCAAUAGCUCCUAUUUUAGAAAAGGAACUGUUGGGGACUGGAAGAACUACUUAACUCCCCAGAUGGCUGGACGGGUCGACCAACUCACGCAACUCAAAUUGCAGGGAACAGGACUUUCUCUUGAUGAUUUUUAAAGUAUGAUUCUUAGGGAGUCUGGACAGAAGAAUACUGGGGUCUAGACUUGGUUUUGGGUGAUUUCAGCGCUAUACUACCUCUUUGUUGGAUAUCUUGUGUUAUGUUUUAUAUGUGUUUUGGGUGAAUAAGUAAGGUUUAAUAAC